AUCCACUCGUCCUCUUCUCUUGGCCACACCCUCUCCGGAGUCCGGACUAUUCAGCACGACGCAAACUCGUCUUCUCCACUCUCCUCCGCUCCACAACCUCCGGCCAUCCAUGAUGCUUUCCGCCGCCAUGAGCACCCGCCCCGUGGUCACUCGCCGCCCGCACCUCCCAGCGCAUGCUACCAAUUCCAGUCCCUCCUCUUCCCCUGAGGUUCGUGGAUCCAGAACGGGGGCCAAGGGAAGGCCGUCCCUCCUCCGCCCGGGUCCGAUCGUGCUGUCGUCCGUGGCCGUGGGGAGCCUGGUUGCUGCUGGAGCUGCAAAUGCGGCCGACCUUGGGGAUUCUCUGCUAGGACCAUCGGGACUUCUCUUGGCUGACUUAAGCAUCGGAGAUUGGUUUGGAGGUUUGUUAUUUUCAGCCGGGCAGCAAGCUAAUGAAGCUGUUCUGGAUCAGUUGUCGGCUCUCAGUUUCACUAGCUUGGCAGUAAUUUUUGGUGCUGGACUUGUAACUAGCUUGUCUCCAUGUACACUCAGUGUUCUUCCAUUGACUCUGGGAUAUAUAGGAGCUUUUGGUUCUGGGAAAGAUCGGUCUGAGGUUGUUGGAAAUUCAGUUGCUUUUUCAUUAGGACUGGCAACAACACUAGCCAUUCUUGGCGUCGCUGCUUCUUUUGCUGGCAAGGCUUAUGGGCAGGUAGGACAAGGACUCCCAGUGGCUGCUUCUGGGUUAGGAAUCAUCAUGGGAUUGAGCCUUCUGGAGGUAGUUGAGUUACAACUUCCCUCAUUUUUCAGCGAUUUUGACCCUCGAGCUGCUGCAGCUAACUUGCCUUCCAGUGUACAAGCAUAUCUUGCUGGCCUUACAUUUGCAUUAGCAGCAUCGCCUUGCAGUACACCCGUUCUUGCUACCCUUCUGGGAUAUGUCGCCACUUCAAGGGAUCCAAUUGUUGGGGGAAGUUUGUUGUUGACAUAUACUACUGGGUAUGUUGCACCUCUUCUCAUCGCAGCUUCUUUUGCUGGAGCAUUGCAGAGUUUAUUGUCAUUCAGAAGAUAUUCCACAUGGAUAAACCCUAUCAGUGGUGCGUUUCUAUUGGGUGGAGGUGUGUAUACCCUACUGGACAAGCUGUUCCCUGUGACGUCAAUGGUGAUGUAGACUAUGGAGUCUUAGGCCACUGUUAAAACAAGAACCCUAAGACAAGGUUCGCCAUUGUAUAGCUAAGAAAGUGUCAUCAGUUGUUUCUAGCUUUUAUAGAAUGUAACUCUAUUCAGGAUACCCAAACAUCUCGAUUUCAUCAGUCCAUGGAAAACUAGAUAGCAUGAGGUUUAGUUCUUA